AUGACUAUUUCUAACACAGCACAGCUUUUCGACAAAGUCACCGUUUUGUAUGAGGGCAGGCAGAUAUACUUUGGACUUGCGAAGGACGCACGCGGCUACUUCGAGCGUCUUGGAUUCGAGUGCCCAACAUCGCAGACCACGGCAAAUGAUUUUGCGCGCUUCUGGAAAGAAAGUCCGGAGAGACAGCAACUGCUCCACGACAUUGAUCAAUACGACAACGCUCAUCCGCUUGAUGGUCUUGAUCAUAAGCACUUCGCUCAUGCCCGGGAUCUUGAGAAGUCACGUCAUCAGCGAAAGAAGUCCCCAUAUAAUCUGUCGUACUGGGGCCAGAUCAAACUCUGCAUGUGGCGCGAGGUGCAACGGAUCAAGAACGAUCCAAGUGUUCCAUUGACCAUGCUUACCGUCAACUUCUUCGAAGCUCUGAUCAUUGCCAGUAUUUUCUACAAUUUGUCGGCAUCCACGGAGUCGUUCUUCUUACGUGGAGGUGUUCUUUUCAUGAUGCAUAACCGCUACGCUCUGUACCAUCCAAGCGCUGAAGCCGUGUCGUCGAUGAUUGUGGAUCUGCCUUACAAAAUCACCAACUCCUUCGUCGUCAGCUCCACGCUGUAUUUUAUGGCGAACCUUCGUCGCGAACCGGGGCCGUUCUUCUUCUUUAUGCUUGUCGCGUUCACAAUGACACUGGCCAUGAGCAUGUUUUUCAGGCUAUUCGCUUCAAUGACAAAGACUAUCGAGCAAGCGCUGGCCCCAAGCUCAAUUGUUCUACUUCUACUUGCCAUGUACACUGGAUUCGCUAUACCUGUUCAAUAUAUGCGAGGAUGGGCAAGUUGGCUCAGGUGGCUGAAUCCAGUCUCCUAUGGAUUCGAAAGUGUCAUGGUGAACGAAUUCAACGGCCGCCGAUUCGAAUGCUCUACUUUUGUUCCGAGUGGCCCAUCCUACGAGAACAUUGCCCCAGAACAGAGAGUAUGUGCCGUCCAAGGGUCUCAGCCUGGCGCAAAUUACGUUAGCGGCACAGACUACGUCGAGACCGCCUUCCAAUAUUCUUACGGAAACCGAUGGAGAAAUUACGGCAUUAUCGUCGUCAUGACUGUUGCACUGCUCGUUGCUCAUCUGGUUAUGAGUGAGCUGGUUGCUUCUGAACGCUCGAAAGGCGAAGUCCUAGUCUUUCGAAGGAAGAAGAUGAAGGCAAAUGACAAGCCUACAACAGCUGACGAAGAAUCUGGACAUGCUUCAGCUCACGUCGGCGAGAAGUUUGAUAGUAGCGACUCUGCGGAGCAAAAUGUGCAGAAACAGGUAUCAAUCUUCCACUGGGAAGAAGUGUGCUACGACAUCCAAAUCAAAGGCGAGACACGUAAGAUUCUGGACGGCGUUGAUGGAUGGAUCAAGCCCGGGACUCUCACAGCGUUGAUGGGUGUCUCCGGUGCAGGCAAAACUACUCUCCUCGAUGUCCUCGCAAGUCGGACAACCAUGGGAGUGAUAUCCGGAAAUAUGUUAGUAGACGGACGUGAACGCGACGAGUCUUUCCAGCGCAAAACAGGCUACGUCAUGCAACAGGAUAUCCAUUUGGAGACGUCCACGGUGCGAGAGGCACUCGAGUUCUCCGCUGUGUUGAGACAGCCGCCCGAGUACACGCAUAUGGAAAGGCUCGCUUAUGUUGACCACGUCAUCAAUUUGUUGGACAUGGAACCGUACGCUGACGCCGUUGUUGGCGUGCCUGGAUCCGGGUUGAACGUCGAGCAACGUAAGCGCCUGACUAUUGGUGUCGAGCUUGCAGCGCGUCCUAAGCUCCUGCUCUUCCUUGAUGAACCUACUUCUGGUCUCGACAGCCAGACUUCGUGGUCUAUUUGCGACCUGAUGGAGAAGCUGACACGCAAUGGACAGGCAAUCCUUUGCACAGUGCAUCAACCAUCAUCACUACUUUUUCAGCGAUUCGAUCGGCUUCUUCUACUCGCCAAAGGCGGCCGUACAGUCUAUUUCGGGGACAUCGGCCGUAACUCGAAGGUGCUUCUCGACUACUUUGCUCGUAAUGGGGCACCAGAAUGCCCUCCUGGUACGAAUCCGGCCGAAUACAUGCUCGAAGCGAUUGGUGCUGCUCCUGGUGCUCAUACUUCCAUCGAUUGGCCUGCAAUAUGGAAAGAAAGCGCAGAAUAUCAAAACGUGCAGGACGAGCUCAAGAAGCUACGACAACUUUCCAGCCAGCCUUCCGCUGUUAUGAACUCUGUGGAUGGCACUCAUCAAGUAUUCGCGGCACCUUUCAUGACCCAGCUCAAAGUCGUCGCUCUUCGUUGCGCUCAGCAGUACUGGCGAACACCAUCGUACAUUUACUCCAAAGCAGUACUCACGGUCGGCAGCUCUAUACUGAUCGGAUUUUCGUUUUUCAAGGGCGAGAACUCCAUGCAAGGACUUCAAAAUCAGAUGUUCAGUGUCUUCAUCUUCAAUUUCGUUAUCAUCCAACUUCUGUACCAGAUCAUGCCUCUCUUCAUUACUCAACGAACACUCUACGAGGCCCGUGAGCGCCAAUCGAAGACCUACACAUGGCAAGCUUUUGUACUCUCUAACAUUGGUAUCGAGAUGGCCUGGAACGCUUUCAUGGCCAUCUUUUGCUUCCUUGUCUGGUAUUAUCCUGUCGGAUUCUACCGCAAUGCCGAAUGGACCGACGCUGUUCACAUUCGCGGGUUCCAUACGCUCCUGAUUAUUUUGGUCACGUUCCUCUUCGCCAGCUCGCUUGCACACAUGCUCAUCGCAGGCGCACCGAACGAAGAGAUCGCAAGCGCCAUUGCAACCUUACUAGGUAUCAUGUUGUAUGCGUUCUGUGGUAUUCUGGUGCGUCCCAAUGACCUUCCACGCUUCUGGAUCUUCAUGUACCGCGUCAAUCCUUUCACAUAUUUAGUGUCCAGUUUUAUGGCGACAACCCUUGGGCAAGCGCCUGCCUACUGCGACCCUACCGAGUUUCAGAAGUUCUUCGCGCCUCAGAACCAGUCUUGUGGAGAGUAUAUGCGCGAGUACAUUUCGACCGCUGGUGGCUUCCUGCGCGAUCCUCAGGCCACUGGUGAAUGCCACUAUUGCCAGAUGGACAAUACCGACCAGUUCUUACAACGCAUCAAUGCAGACUGGGAUAGCCGCUGGAGAGACUUCGGAAUACUCUGGGUUUAUGUUGCUUUCAACGUCGCAGCCGCCGUUUUCUUCUACUGGGCUUUCCGUGUCCCGAAGACUAAAAAGGUCAACAAGACGUAG